UCUGACAGCAUCCUCCUCUGUCACGGACGCGCACACAGCAGCUCAAUAUUUGAGAAUACAGCUUAGCUUUCUGCACACACACACACACACACACCUUCCAAAAGAUACAUCAUAAAAUCACACAAGUACAUUUAUCAACAUUUUUUCUCCACUGGAUAUUGAUGAAUUUGCCUCAACGGUUGCCGUAGCGGUCCACCAAGAUCGUUAUUGCUUGUAUUUCCUUCCUUCCCGCAUCCAAAGACUGAUCUACGCUGCAAGAUGGCUGAGUUGAAUUUGGGGAAGGGGCUGACUGCGGGGAAAGUGGCCAGCAACGUUCAGAAAAAACUAACGAGAGCCCAAGAAAAGGUUCUUCAGAAACUUGGCAAAGCCGAUGAGACCAAAGAUGUCGCUUUUGAGGAAGGAGUGAUCAACUUCAACAAACAAUAUGCUGAAGGCAGCAAACUGCAAAGGGACCUUAGAGCAUACCUGGAAGCAGUGAAAGCCAUGCACGAGUCCUCCAAGAACGUGCAGGCGUGUUUGGCUGACAUGUAUGAGCCGGACUGGUAUGGCAAGAACGAAGUGGAUUCCAUUGUGGAGGACUGUGAUGUACUGUGGACUGACUACCACCAAAAGUUGGUUGAUCAUGCUCUCAUCUCCAUGGAUACUUACCUGGGCCAGUUCCCUGAUAUCAAGGCACGUAUCGCUAAGAGGGACAGGAAGCUGGUCGAUUAUGACAGUGCCAGGCACAACUAUGCCACCACACACAAGACCAAGAAAAAGGACGGGGGCAUUAAAAUUACCAAGCCCUCCUCCUUGUUAGAGAGGGCCACUCCAGGCUGGGCUCAGGGUAUCUUGUCUGCACACAAUGUUGCCCAGAGCAGUCUGUCCAGGGGCCAGGCUGAGGAAGAGUUGGAGAGAGCACAGAAGGUGUUUGAGGAGAUUAAUAUUGACUUGCAAGAGGAGUUACCUUCACUCUGGAACAGUCGUGUUGGGUUUUACGUCAGCACCUUCCAAAGUUUGGCUGGUUUUGAGGAGAAGUUUCACAAGGAAAUCAGCCGGUUGGAUCAGGAUUUGUAUGACACCUUGGAGACACUGGAGAGAACAGACACAACAAGCAGAAAGACAGGUAACAGCGGCGCCUCAUCGUCAGGAACAAAUAGGAGUGUGAAAGAAGCAUCUAACCACACUCUCAGGCCAGGAGGACCACCACCAAUCCCCAAAUCUCCAUCCAAGCUAAAGCCAGCAGUGCCUCCACCACCCAAGGUGACCCCAUGUAAGGAGUUGAAAACAGAGAACAUCAUCAACCUGUUUGAUGCCGCAGCCGCUCCUGACAUCAGCGUCACCUCCCCUACAGAGUUUGACAGUCCUGCAGUGAGCAGCCUGUUGGACAUGGACCUGGACCCUUUCAGUGCAGCAACCAAAGCCUCCACGGUCACACAGCCUGCAAACUGGGAUUCAUGGCCUGAGAACAGUGGUGCCCAUGAAGAGGACACCCAGGAGCACUUUGACCCUGUGGCUGCUGCUACAGAUGCCUGGGGGGAUGACGGUUCACAGCCUGUCCACUAUGACCCCAUAGCAGCUGCGACAGAGGGCUGGGGGGAUGACGGAACCAAACCAGUUCGCUAUGACCCUGUGGCUGUGGCUCAGGAGGGAGGGGGGGAUGAUGAGAGUCAGCAGGUUCAUUACGAUCCUGUGGCUGAAGACCAGGAGGGCUGGGGCGAUGAUGGGAGCCAGCUGGUCACAGAGGUGCUCGCCACGGAGGAUGAAACACCUGCAGCUGAGGCCGCUGAGGAAGAAGCCACAUUAGCUGCCGCUACGUUGGAUAAUGAAGAGGGUCAGGGUGAGUCUGCAGCAGCUGCUGCGACAACAGUCGAGGAAGCAGUGACAGAGGAGACACCUGCAGUAGUGCCCGAACCUACAGAAGAAGCAUCAGAACCUGCAGACAUGCCACCUGGCUUCCUGUUCAAGGUCCAGGUGAUGCAUGAUUAUGCUGCCAACGACACAGACGAACUGGAGAUGAAGACUGGUGAUGUGGUGCUAGUAAUCACCUUUGACAACCCAGACGAGCAGGAUGAUGGCUGGCUGAUGGGAAUGAAGCAGGAAGACUGGAAGCAGAACAAAGAAAAUGCCGCUAAAGGAGUAUUCCCUGAAAACUUCACCCAAAGGCUGUGAAAGAGGAGGACGGGACAUCAUUCCAGCUUCCUUCUUUAUGUCUCUCUUCCUCUUGCCUCAAUCCUACCUUCCCUCUACCUGAUACUAUGUCUUUCCUAGGACUUUGGCCAUAGAAGCAGAGCUGUCACAGCCCUGGUGGAAAUCAUGCAUUUCUAAGGUCUGCUACACUGUGCUAAAAGUGGAUCUUGGCAUUUCUGGGGAUUUCUGCCAACAUUUACAAAUUGCAGAUGUAGCCAUUUCACAGAUGCCACUCUUUGCUGCACUAUUGUUGCUAAUCAAUACCGGAGCAAUUGAUUAGAGAAUCCUGAUCAUACUGUAUAGAUGCAGGGAUGGGUGCCUCUGCAAUGGCUACCACUGUAAUUGCAUUAUAAUGUUUUGUUCUUAGUCAUGUCACAUCAUAAACUCCCCACCACCAUAACAGAGGAAAUGUCUAUCAAGACAUGCUUUCAUUCAUCUGAUACCGAGGGAUUGAGAACAGUGAAAUGUAUUAAGACAAUGCCAAGUGUAGCAGAGUAGCCACAUAUAGGCCCUAAAGCCUGUUUUCAUAAAGGAUUGGGAGGGCAGGGUAGUUACUAAAAACAGGCAAAACAGGAUAGUCCUCACUAUGUUAGCUCGAAACAUUCACCCAGCAGAGUAACACACUGAAAAAGCAAAAGCAACUCCUAGCCGGCAAACCCUAUACAAAAGAAGGUGCAGACGUCUAGCCAGCCAAACAGCACAUAAACAGUGAUGAAUUUAAUUAAACAAAACAAAAUUAUCUCAUUAUCUCAUUAACAACUGGGCUUGAAUUUUCAGAUAUCUAAAAAAAAAAGGCCAGAAGUGGGUUAUUGAAACAAGUAAGUGUAAUUUUCUUCUUGGUCAUGCAGGUUUGUUUCCUCACCUGUAGCGUUUUGGUCAUUUUUGGUGACUGACUGCAAUGCUGGCCAUUGAUAAGUGACAGUGGAGCAUAUCAGGGGGAGUGUCAGUAAAGAUGAAGCAUUGCAGUUUUGGUGCCAGUAUUUGUAUUUGCUAUUUACUGAUCUGCAGUCACUCUAAUCAGUCUCGGUGUCCUUCUGCUGUUGGACAUAUCUUCUAUUCCUACUUUUAUUAUUUACUUGUAAAACAUGGGCCCUUGGCUGUUGUAUUAGUUUAAAUCCAAUGGUGGUAUAAGUAGAACUAACCUGUUGUUAAAAUCCAAAUAAAUGCAUACAUGCAUAUGCAUUUAACUAGUCACCUGACACCAACCUAGUUAAAGACAGCAGGAAUCUCAAUAUGGAAAUGUUUUAAAAAUCUGAGAAAUGCUGGUCUUAGAGUCCCAUAGAGUAGAAAAACACGACUGCUUUCAUUUUUGACAGUCAGGGUUUUUAUUCCUUGUUGUUUAAAUUAGUGUGAACUUGUGUGGAGUGGGCAUGUGAAGAAUCUUUUCAAGGAAUUUAUUUAAUUUUUUGUCACAAGGGAUUCCAAAUAUGCAUUAGCCAGGCUCGCUAAAAAGCUAGCCGACAAACUACAAUAUUGAGACGCUGCUACUGGUAGUAUAAUAGUUAGGCAGAUAUGAUUACACCCUAAUGCUAAUCAAAUAUAUAAUAACUGAGCCAGCCUCAUUCGUUUUUAAAAAAAUGUGCCGAAAAACAAUUCCUUCCGACGAAGACGACUGAACUCAAAUGCAGAUGAUUCCGAAUAUGCACCAGAGCAACUUCUUUUAUUUUUGUAUGCUGCCAAGCAAUGAUUACAUAUAGCCUAAUGUAACUAUGUCAACAUAAUUGCCAACUUAGGAUGUUAUGGAGUGUUUUGUACUUCUGUCAGGUUUACUGCUCUCAACGUAGCCGCUUACUGUAGGUAGUUCAAACUAUCUCACGUUCAGUCAUUCAUUCAGUCACCGACUCAGAAGAGAUUCACCUUUCUCAUGAUGUUACUAACAUGUAAUAAGUGUGAGAGAAAAUGGUUGUGUGUGCGAUUGUAUGUAUGUAUGUAUGCGUGUUUAUGGGUUGUUUGGAGACAUAAAUUCUUUAUCUAUAGGCUAUUGUUAUUGGACGAUAUCACCACCACCUACCAGGGAAUGAGGUCAUCAGUUUUACAGGAAGUUUUUCCGACUGGACAAAGACAACUCAAAACGUAUUUGGGUCUUUUUCCACUGGCUGGCUAUUAUGGUUCCGGGUGUUAUUGUGCAUAUGUUGUGUAUAAGUGUAAUUUUGCCAAGCUGUGAUGACAGAUACAUAUUCUAUAAAGACAUUCAUAUCUGUAUGUGAGUUACUGUGAGCAUGCUGAAUUCCCAUGUGUUGUUGUGUGAACACCCCUAAUUUAAGACAAUGAUACUUGGGUCACUUUUGAGGCAAUUUUCUUUCUUUUUUUUCAAUUUUUUUAUUAUUUAUUUUGUUCAUUUUAGUAAGGGGAUGGUGGCUGUUACUGUGUGUUUUCCACCGUUCCCUCUCAAAUCGGUCCCUGAUUAUAAUUGCUGGUUGUCCAUCAGCCUUGCCUCAAAAUGUUGCCGGGGUAUCGUGGUCCAAACAGAGUUAAACAUUAUUACGCGGAGACAGGAGACACAUAGAGAAAUAUUUUAAACCACCAGACUCAGGUGGACAAAUUUUUUGUAAUGAUUUUCAGAAUUUUAACCACUUGAGAUGUGCAUGAGUUUUUCAUGUGUGUUUAAAAAGUCUCACGUGAGAGUAUCACCUGCACAUUUAGGUAAACCAAUCACUUUCAUAUUUUUAUUUUUAAAUAUAUGUAACUUAGUGAGUGUUUCACCUGGGUCUGGUUCUCUAUCUGUCUAUAUGGAUGAGUCUCCUGAUGAGCUAUGGGAUACGACAAAAAGGUUUUUCCUGUACCUAACUGACCAAUAAUAAUAAAGAUUACUUAGAAUCUC